GACAAAUGGAAACACGACAGCUCAACUUUAGUGUGCGCUCGCUGCUGACGGUGGAUGGGGAGCAUCUCGUCGGUCGAUCGUUGGAUCAAUCGGUCAGUUUAGGUCAAUCAAAAGUGUUUUUCGUUAGUUCGGAGCCGUUGCGGGGAUUCAAUGACUGCCGAAGAAGGGCGGUGUGCGGUGUGUGGUGUUUCCGGGGGGAAACAAUGCGGCGGUUGCCAGCUGGUCAGCUACUGCGGUAGGGACCAUCAGCGACAGCACUGGAAGGCUGGUCAUCGGGAGCAGUGCCGGUGUUUUAAGAUCUCCAACAACGCAGUACUCGGGCGCCACCUAACGGCCACCCGUCCAAUCAACCGUGGCGAAGUCAUCUACACCGACACCCCUCUGCUGUUGGGUCCGAAAAUUGCCAGCACAGCGGUUUGCCUCGGUUGCCAUCGAAGCUUGGCACCGCAAAUAUUACAACGCACGACUGAUGAUGCUCCACCGACUGACUUUCAUCACUGUCGUCACUGCAGUUGGCCUUUGUGCGGUCCCGCAUGCGAAACCGCAUCCCAACACAAGGACGAAUGCCCCCUGCUGGCCCGGUCAUCCAACGCCGUCCGUUCCCGGAUCCAUUUCAGCCCCUCCGAACCAACCCGCAAAGAAUCCUCCUACUGUGUGGUGGUUCCCCUGCGAGCCCUCCUCCUCAAGCGAUCCAACCCCCAGCGCUUCCAGGACACCUUCCUCACCUUGGAGUCGCACCUGGAAACACGUCUCAAAACGCCCCUCUACGCGGCCCUCCGCUCCAAUCUGGUGCCAUUUGUGCGGGACGUCCUCGGAAUGCGGCCGGAGGUCACCGAGCACGAGCUGCUGCAAAUCGCUGCCAUUCUGGACACCAACUGCUACGACGUACGGCUACCGGAGCGGGACGUGAAGGUUCGGGGUCUGUACGAGCUGGGGGCCAUGAUGUCCCACCACUGUCGACCGAACACCAAACACUAUUUCGAUGCGAAACUGCGGCUGGUUGUGGUGGCUACAGUGGACAUUCCGAAGGACGCCGUAAUUAGCAUUUCCUACAGCCAACCACUGUUGGCCACCAUCCAGCGCCGCUACGCCAUCCGGCAGGCCAAGUGCUUCGAAUGCUGCUGCGACCGCUGCCGGGAUCCGACCGAGAUGGGCACCUACGUUGGGUCCAUCAUUUGCCCACAGUGUCGCAAAACCAAGGUUGUCCCUUUCGACCCGUUGGACCUCCGUUCGGAGUGGCAGUGCGGGAGCCGAAAGUGCUCCUUCCGCGAGUCAGCCAUCAAUAUGGUGCGACGGAAUGAGCUAAUCCAGGCAACUGUCAUGGCGCUGAGCCGUUCGCCUUCACCACGUGACGAAUACGAACGCUUUCUGGUUACACAUUUGGGACCCCCAAAGGACGACGGUGAUGGUGACGGUGUCGACAGUGGGAUGCUCCUGCACCUCUGGAAUACCAAUGUGCUCCAGGUGAAGUACGCCCUGACGCAGCUUUACCACGGAGCCGUCGACCAACCGGAAGCUCACCUUCGCCGCCAGGUGGCACUCUGUCGGGACCUGCUGGAGGUGGCGGACCGACUCGAGCCCGGAUUUAGCCCCUUCCGGGGAAAACUUCUGGUAGCGUUGCGGGAUGCAUUGCUAAUUCUGCUCGGGCGGGGGGAGGACGACUUGUCACCGCAAGCAGCGCCGCCGGUUGAUUCGAAUGGCGGGCACGUCCGUCCGACGACAUCGGUCACGACAAUGGCGGCUUCGGCGGCGACGACCACGUCCAAACGGCGCAGGCAGAAGGGCAGAAUCAAUACCGAGAUUCCACCCAACACCGGACGCGAAAAAUCCACGACACAGCUCCUGCAGGAGGUUGAAAAAGAGCUGGCGGAGAUGAGGAAGUCGGAUCCAACGUUGGAGCAAGAACGCCCAACCGAAAACUCAAACACCAUGAUAAAAUAAAGACGGAGAGAAAAAAAAACCCGAAAGCUACAAAGAUGAAAUCAAAUAAAUACUUAAUUCGGUUCCAACCGCAUGGUUCA